AUGGAAACGAACAACCUGCAACGAUGGAGCGUGACAGAGCCAUAUCUAAACCUUCAUUGUGAGCUCGGCGAGGGGCCGUAUUACGAAAGAGCAACACAAAGCAUUCGAUUUGUAGAUAUCCUCAAAAAGCAGCUCCAUACGGUAUCUCUCGCUAAAGGCCCGGCCUCAGUCACCUCUAUUACGCUGAACGAAACCAUCAGUGUGACGGCGGACAUUGAAGGCUACGACCCCUCGGAUAAAGUUCUAGCUGGCCUCAAGUACGGCAUCGCUGUGCUAGACAGAAAAUAUGGCUCAUACGAGUAUCUCAGUCGCUUUGAGGAGACACCAAAUGCAAGGGUUAGAAGCAACGAUGGUGCGAUAGAUCCCAAUGGCAAGCUUUGGCUGGGAACGAUGACUGAUUUUGACUUGGGUCCCUUCCAGUCUGAAGGUAAGGUUCGCUAUGAUAGGGAUACUACGUCUCAGUCUGACAACAGCACAGGUGGCCUUUACAAGUUUGAUGGAUCCUUGCCAGCAAAGCCUGUCAUUUCCAAUCUCACUGUCCCUAACUCGAUAGGCUGGUCUCCAGACCACAAAAUCCUGUAUUAUACGCAUACCACAACACGGCAGGUUUUCGAAUUUGACUUCUCAGUGUCUGCUAGUACCAUUUCCAAUCAGCGCGUAUUCUACACCCAUGCUGGGCCUGGUUUUCCCGACGGGUUCCGUGUGGAUGUUGAUGGAAAUGUUUGGCAUGCAAUCUACGGCGAGGGCAAGGUCUUGAGAAUCUCACCUGAUGGAAAAGUCACUGGCGAAGUUCUCCUGCCUACUCUCAACAUUACAUGCGUCGAGUUUGUGGGGACAGAGAUGUUUGUGACAACAGCAGGAGACGACAGUGGAAAUUCUCGGAGCAGAGAGCUAGGCGGUGCACUAUUUCGAGUUAAUAUCGGCGCAGAGGGAAUGGAGCAUUUUCUCUUUAAGAUUACUUAA